AUGUCGCAAGCGCUCUUCGUGCUUCUCCUCUUCCUCUUGUCCCAUGGCUGCUUUUCUUCUUGCUUACAAGCUAGACGUCGUCAGAAAGCGUCAGUCUCUUCCAUUGGCACAGGGGCGACAGGAGAACCAUCGCUAGCAGCCAAGCUCAAUUACAGGGAGUACCUUAGUAUGGUGAUGGGCCGGCUGGAACAAGCUGGGAGAACUGUCCUUGGCGGCGAGAGGGAAAGCGACGAGUGUGCUGCCCUUGGUAGCGGUAACUGGAGUCAGGGGGUGCAUGUAUGGUUCCUGUCGAGCGCUGUUGUUGCUUCUCUUGCUGCUAUUGUGUUGGUUUUGGGUGAGGGCGAGGGUGAUGGUGAUGCCUUCCCCAGCAGCCAACCGCUCGCGGAAGGCAGUUUGGAAACUCUCACGGAAGGAGCAGGAGCAGGCAACAACCGAGCCCCGUCCUCAGAGUCUCCCACACCACCUCAGGGAGAGGUCUUUGGUUCUCUUUUCCAACAAAGCGCAGUUGGCGUAGUGGUUUAA